AUGGCGAAACAAUCAAAGGGACAUCAUCAUCAAUCAAAGGAGAAUUCAUCAUCAGAGAAUGAAGAGGAUAAGGAAUGUGCAGCUUUAUACUAUAUCCCUAAAUCAAUAGAUGUAUUGUUGGACAAAAUGCAAUGUAUGUCGAGCAACAAGUUCUUACAUAUAUUAGAAGGUACCGAAGAAGAGAUGCUGCCGUCCUUACCAACUCCUUCUCAAUCCCGUGCUUCUGGUGCUGAUGGAGAGAUACUUUUGCCUUUACGUACUCUUUCUCAAGCUCGUGCUUUUGCCGCCGACGAGGCGAUGAUGCCGCCUUUACCUCUUCCUUCUCAAAUCCGUGCUUCUACCACUGAUAAAGAGAUCCUGCCCUCCUUACCUGCUCCCUCUCAAGUCUUUGCAUCUGCUGCGAUCGAUGAGACGUUGCCUUCUUGUAUGCUCAUGCUGAUGUUG